CACGUAUCCCCGCCCUGCUCCCCGACAGGCCCCGGGGCUUCGGCAGGGCCUGAUCGGCGGCUGUCUUGGCCCCUUCACCGGGACGCAGAGCCGCGGUUGCUCCGCUGUGGUCAUGGCGCAGGAGGAAACCCGGAGACGCGCGGCUUGGAUGAAGGACGCGUUGCGCAUCAAGUAAAAGCCGGAGCUCCUGAAACUUUGCAGCGACGUGAAUCGAAACGGGACCGUAUUUCGCGCAGAUUUCACCUCCACGGAGCAUGACUCAAGUGCGCGGCUGUAAAUAGUGAACUUCCACUCGGCCCAGGACGCACGGAUUACCUCCAGGCCCCGCCGGAGGUCCCUGAACCGCACUUUGCGCACCACCCUGCCUCAUACAGACUGACCCCCCCCCCCCCCUUUCUUUUUCCAGACUGCCGUUGCUUUAUCGGUGCGUUUGUUUCCACUAAGGAGCCAUGGUGGACGCGGCGGAGUGCGGGGUCAGGGUGAUGUGCCGCUUCAGGCCCCUCAACGAGGCCGAGAUCACCAGAGGAGACCAGUACAUCCCCAAAUUCAAAGACGACGACACCGUGGUCAUAACGGGGAAGCCGUACGCGUUCGACCGGGUUCUGCCUCCAAACACCUCCCAGGAGCAGGUGUACGACCAGUGUGCCAAACAGAUCGUCAAAGAUGUGCUGGGUGGUUACAACGGGACCAUCUUCGCCUAUGGACAGACGUCCUCUGGGAAGACACACACAAUGGAGGGCAAAUUGCACGACCCGCAGCUCAUGGGAAUCAUCCCUCGCAUCGCCCACGACAUCUUCGACCACAUCUACUCCAUGGACGAAAACCUGGAGUUUCACAUCAAGGUUUCUUAUUUUGAAAUCUACCUGGACAAAAUCAGAGACCUGCUGGAUGUGUCAAAGACAAACCUGGCUGUGCACGAAGACAAGAACAGAGUCCCCUACGUCAAGGGCUGCACUGAACGAUUUGUGUCCAGUCCUGAGGAGGUGAUGGACGUCAUUGAUGAGGGCAAAGCCAAUCGACAUGUAGCAGUGACGAACAUGAAUGAACACAGCUCUCGCAGCCACAGCAUCUUCCUCAUCAACAUCAAGCAGGAAAACAUUGAAACCGAGAAGAAACUGUCGGGGAAACUCUACCUGGUGGACUUGGCCGGCAGCGAGAAGGUGAGUAAGACCGGAGCAGAGGGAGCGGUGCUGGAUGAGGCCAAGAACAUCAACAAAUCCCUGUCGGCGCUGGGGAACGUCAUUUCAGCUCUGGCCGAGGGAACAAAAAGUCAUGUGCCGUAUCGAGACAGUAAGAUGACGCGGAUCCUGCAGGACUCUUUGGGAGGAAACUGCCGCACAACAAUCAUCAUCUGCUGCUCACCGUCCAUCUACAAUGAAGCUGAGACCAAGUCCACGCUCAUGUUUGGACAGAGAGCCAAGACCAUCAAGAACACGGUGUCGGUGAAUCUGGAGCUGACGGCCGAGGAGUGGAAGAAGAAAUAUGAGAAGGAGAAGGACAAGAACAAGAGUCUGAAGAACAUCAUCCAGAGGCUGGAGGCCGAGCUGAGCCGCUGGAGGAACGGGGAGAAUGUUCCGGAAGAAGAACAGCUGAGUUCUAAAGACCAGAAGAACAUCGAACCGUACGACAACACUCUCAUCGACAACCUGCUGCCGACCGGAGGAGGAGGAGGAGGAGGAGGAGGUGGAGGGUCAGUGGGCAGCGAGGAGAGGAGGAAGUAUGAGGAGGACAUCAGUAACCUGUACAAACAACUGGACGACAAGGAUGAUGAAAUCAACCAACACAGUCAACUGGCUGAGAAACUCAAAGAGCAGAUGAUGGACCAGGAGGAGCUGCUGGCCUCCACCAGACGUGACUACGAGAAGAUCCAGGAGGAGCUGUGUCGUCUGCAGACGGAGAACGAACUGGCCAAGGAGGAGGUGAAGGAGGUCCUGCAGGCUCUGGAGGAACUGGCCGUCAACUACGACCAGAAGAGCCAAGAGGUGGAGGAGCGAGACCAGGCCAACCUGCAGCUGAGUGAGGAGCUGCAGCACAAGACGGCGUUGCUGUCGGCGGUGCAGAGGGAGCUGAGUCAGCUGCAGGAGCUGAACGGUCUGCAGAGGAAGAGGGCGGCCGAAGUCCUCAACCUGCUGCUGCGCGACCUCAGCGACAUCGGCGCCAUCAUCGGAACCAGUGAUGUCAAGACCACCGCGUCUUCAGAGACCAAAGGGAACGGCUCAGCGGUGGAGGAGGAGUUCACUGUUGCUCGCCUCUACAUCAGCAAGAUGAAGUCGGAGGUGAAGUCUCUGGUCAAUCGUAGUAAACAGCUGGAGAGCACUCAGGCCGACGCCCACCGCAAGAUCCAGGCCAAUGAGAAAGAGCUGGCGUCCUGUCAGCUGCUCGUCUCCCAGCAUCAGGCUAAGAUCAAGUCUCUGACAGACUACAUGCAGAACAUGGAGCAGAAGAAGAGGCAGCUGGAGGAGAGUCAGGAUGCUUUAACGGAGGAACUGGCCAAACUCCAGGCUCAGGAGAAAAUGCACGAGGUGUCCAGGGAAGAAAAGGAGAAGGAGGACAUCGGCAGACUGGACGGAGAGGAGGACAUCAAGAGAACACUGGAGGAGCAGCUGGAAAACCACAGGGAGGCUCAUCAGAAGCAGCUGAGUCGCCUUCGAGACGAGAUCGAGGACAAGCAGAGGAUGUUGGACGAGCUGACGGAUCUGAACCAGGGUCUGCUGCUGGAACAGGAGAGGCUUAUGUCCGACUACGAGAAGGUCAAAGCUGAAGAGCAGGAGAAGGACGCCAAGCUGCAAAAACUCAUGCUGUUUAAUGAGCAGAGGGAACAGGCCAGAGAGGAUCUGAAGGGUCUGGAGGAGACUGUGGCCAAAGAGCUCCAGACUCUGCACAACCUGCGUAAACUCUUCGUCCAGGACCUCACCACACGGGUUAAGAAGAGUGCAGAGCUGGACUGUGAAGAAGGACUUGGAAACGUGGCCCAGAAACAGAAGAUCUCCUUCCUGGAAAACAACCUGGAACAACUCACCAAGGUCCACAAGCAGCUGGUCCGAGACAACGCAGACCUUCGAUGCGAGCUGCCCAAGCUGGAGAAGCGUCUUCGCGCCACGGCCGAGCGAGUCAAAGCCCUGGAGAACGCCCUGAAGGAAGCCAAGGAGAACGCCAUGAGGGACCGCAAGCGCUACCAGCAGGAAGUGGACCGCAUCAAAGAGGCCGUACGGGCCAAGAACAUGGCCAGGAGGGGCUACUCGGCACAGAUCGCGAAGCCCAUCAGGCCUGGACAUCAUCCACUGUCGUCUCCAAUCAGCAGCUCCAUCAGGGCCGGAGGCGUCUACACCCACAACAACUAGAACCACAACCAGACUGGCCAUCAACAGCUCCAAGCAUGUCCACCAUCGAAACCACAAGCUCUGCCCCUUCCCGUCCAACCACCGACCGGACCGCCCAUCGUACCAGUCGCCGUCGCCGCUCAGAGAAUCACCAUGACGACCACCAUGUACAUACUGUUAUGAGAUGUAGACAUGUUCCAGUUGCAGAUUCCACACGUAGACCGUGUUUGGCUUUAAUGUCUUCUUCACUCGUGCUUUUAGGAAACGGUGGGCGGGGCCGUCUGUGUCCUGUGGUCCCACUCAUCGUCCAAGUUUUGUUUUAAGUACAGUGCGCAACAGAACCAAGCAUCACGACAACAGAACGAUACUUUGUUACCGAUUGUGAUACCGAAUCUUGAACCAGCAUUCACUCAGAGGACUGACAGUCGGCGCCGUUGCAGUUGAUUUGAAGUAACAUUUUGCACAAACGCAUGUUCGCAGCGAAAACAUACUGCCACAGCAUGUUCAGUUCGAGUCUUUUAUCCCUAAUCUAUUAUGUUUGUCUCCUCUAACGUCCUGUUUGCUCUCACUGGAGGGACACUGACCAGCCAAUCACGUGUUCCCUCUGGUUAUUAGUAUCGUACGCAAACACAGGAUGAAAUCUACUCGUAUAAUCGACGCCUUUUGGGGAUUUUAAGGAGCCUCGCAGUGGUUUGUGCUCGUGUUGUGAAGCUCUUGAUCAACCAAUCAGAUCGAACAAUAACCAGCACAGAACACUGCUUUUCUACAGAUAUACAGAAGUGGAAAAACACUUUUGGACACCCUUAAAAUAUUCAAAAAAGUACAAGAUUUCACAGUCGGUAAAGUCAGGUAAUAUGAAGGAAAUAUGUACAUUUAUUACCUGUAAAUGAUGUGUAAAUUUCUCAUUUGAUGCCAAUACAGAUGUUAUUUCUGUUCGUUUAAAUUGGUUUUGUCAUUUAUUCUCCCUUAACAAAGACAUUUUCAAUAUGAAUGAAUAAAAAGUUUUUCAGUCCAUCACAUGAUUUUUUGACUGAACAGAGAAUAAAAUUUUAAUAUACCUCAACUGAUCAAUAGAAUAGUAGAAAAAAGUUAAAACUUUACACAAUUUCAAUUAUGAUGAAGUAUUUGUGUAAAAAUCUUUUGUGUUUCUAAAAGUAUGACUGCAUCAAACAGACACAAAAAAAUGCUUUUUUUUUUUUGGUAAACAAGAAAAAAAUAAUAUAAUAAAGGUUAUUUAUAUUGCACUUUUUGCAGAAAGAUUUCACAAAGUGCUUUACAAUAAAAUCAGAAGUAAAAUAUAUAAAUUAAAUUCUUGACAGUUUGAACAUUAGCAUUAUUUUGCUGAAUCAUCCAGUUUUGACUUGGAUGGAACUGAGCACGUGCAGAAGGAGCAUGUGGGUUAAGUGAAUGGAACAGUGACUUAAGAGUGAUUCUUAAUGCAGUUUUCCACAUGGAUGGGGUGUCCAUAAAGCUUUUUUCCACUUGUGUAGAGGGUGUACACGUCACUUACCCGCUGGAACACGCCCUCUGAGUGGCAAAACACCAUGCAACGCAGCCAGGAAACUACAAAACAGGGAGCGAAACAAACGAUUAUCUGCUAAAAUUAGAGGCAACUGGACUCAGACCCAUGUUCCCCAUGUUCUUUAAGACCUACAGUGAUGCAUGUGCAGCAUCUGGAGACACGGAUAAAACAUGUGCGACUAUCUUUAAUGUCAAGUAAGUGCUUUAACAAUGUACAGUUAGAAAAGUAAUGAUAUGCACUUUACUUUGUUGCUAUUGAAACAUGAAUUCUCACUUUGUCAUCACUCCACGACCCAAAUUUAGCUCAUGACUAGGAUUUUUACUGAUAAAUCAUCAAUUCUGCAUGGAAAUAAUGCAUUUUUCUGCUGAAUCCAGACCAUAAAUAAACCUAAAAUCCAAUGUGGAAACACCAGAAUGCUAGUCACGGCUAAUGGGCUGCUAGCAUUAGCAAUCUGUUACAGCACUAAUACUUGAUGUUAAUGCUAACUAGCAACAAACUAACAAAACACACAAUUCAAUGCUGCUUUUCUAUUUAAAUGAAUUCAUAUUUUAAUUUAAUGAUAAAAAAUACAGAAUGUUAAUCUCAGGACCUACUAGUUAAAACAUGUAUAUAUUUGGCCGUUACUUGUUGCAUACAGGUAUAAAACAGUUUGUAAUGCGAUGUAAUCAUUAUUAUUGUUUUGUGCGUUGGAGCAGAUGAACGCCACUCAGAGGCUCAAACCUCCGUCAACGUCACGUCCACACCCUUUACCUGUAGAAAUCUCCCUGAAAUCUCCCAAAGGUUUGUCACUCUGCCACACCUUGUGCCUUUACCGAUACCGAACCAGACUCCGCCCCUUAAAAUGAAACACACACGUUAUCAUUAAUGUACAGAUAUACUCUAAUUUACAGAAGAACUUCCACUGGUCUAAACCUAACGGUCUGUAAUGGAUGUGUCCCCUUGAGCUGCUCAUGACACGUGUUGGAUGUUCGUUUUGCCGGUUGAGCAUGUUUCUGAAUGUACCGUAUUAUCUCAGUGGGUGUUUUAUUUAUUUAUUUAUUUUUAAUGCCAAAUUCUACUUUUACUUGCUAAUUUCACGGCCACUUUUGGUGUAACGGUCCCACAAAGCUAGCCCGGUGUCGCUAAAGUUAUUUUUUAAGAAUCGUUUCUAAUUGAUUUCUUGAACGAGAAUUAGUCUGGGUCCUCUUCUGUUAAUUUUGACUUCCAGAGGUUUGGACUGAACUGUCUCUAAAUGCAUUUACUGUUAUUGUAUCAAACCACAUCUGACCCAUAUCAGGUAAAUUGUGAUUGAUUUAUCGGCUCCACCCAGUUCCAGACCAGAUGAGUCAAUGCCAGACUCAUAUUUAGGCAGAUGGGUCUGGUUUGAAAGCUCCGCACUUGUGGCUUUAGUUGCACCAGAAGUUGCCAAAAGACGUCCCGACUGUAACGAUCUGCUUCUACGUUUGACUCGGACCCGAUCCGCUGCUGGUUCUGACUGACUUUAGCUCCUGAAGCUGAGGAGGAAAUGACCCAUAACUGAAUGUAACUGCAUGGACUCAUUCUAAAGGCAUGCUCAGGGAGGAAAAACUGAGGCUACGUGUAUAAACCGUGCAUUAACCUCAUCAUGAUUUCAACGUCGUGUUUUCGUUCCCUCGUUUCUUUCGGCUGUCGCAUCGUAUCUCAGAAUAUACCUAAACUGAUGCAAUUAAAGCUAAUAAAGAUAUAUCUGUUUAACUUUA